AUGGAAAUGAAGAAGAACGCUCUAUCAAUCAAAAUGUCAAUUCAGUUAAUCGGGGACACUAAAAACUAUUUAGAUUUUGGCAUUGUGCCCGAAUAUUUAUCGAAAUCAGCGAAGGAGACCUUUAUAAAGAGAUCACAAAUGUUCCAGAUCGAAAAAAACGAGGGUCUUUCUAUACAAAUAGGAGAGAGUGGAGAAAAAGUAUUCGCAAUUGGUGACGACGAUGACGAGGGAAUUCUAAAGGCAUUCACACAGAUAGAAGCCAAGCACGGGCACUUAAAGCUCUAUAAAAUCUGGAAGCUGAUAAAGAAAGAAUGGUUUGGCUUUAAAAAGGUACGCAUUGCGAAGCUAGUGGAAAGCUGCCCAGGGUGCAGGGACAUAAUACUAAGGCAAAGGAUGAAAAUGAUGGAAAAGAAGCAGCGAAUGCCAAAAACAAAAAUGAAAAAGAAAAAGCUAGAAGUACCCCCUGUCAUUUUUAAAAAACCAAUACCAGAGGCAGCCAGGCGCAUGGAAAGGCUUAAUCUUUCAAUAAUUGACCUCGUUGGAUACAAGGAUUACAACAAAGGAUAUACGCAUAUUCUGCACAUUGUAGAUGCAUAUUCAGAGUACCAGCUGAUAUACCCACUGACAAACUGCAUAAGCAUCAGCAAUCAAGUGAUAAUGGCCUUGAACAGACUGUUCAGGGCAGAAGGAGAGCCUUACUGCAUAUACAUGGGGAAAGGCCUGACAAAUAUUCCAAUAAGCACAAUACAAAUAUCCACAAAGAGAACAAUAGAGUACAUCCAAGGAUAUGCAAAAAACACGAUAUAUGACAGCUGCUGUGAGGCAGAAAGAAUCUUCAUGGCCUUCAAGACAAAGCUAAAAAGAUACAUUCUAAAGUCAGAGAACCAGAAGACCUGGCUGGGCACGAUUGACUGGAUUAUAAAAGGGUUUAAUAUGAAGAAGCAGAUGUACACUAACAUAACCCCAAAUAUGCUCUUUAAAAACCAAGCGAACAAGUCCCUAGUGAAUAUUAAAGAGCUAAGCACGCUGAAGAAGUACCACAGCAAGAAGAACCAGAGAAGAAUCACUGAGCAGAGAAUGUUCUAUGAGAUGGAGGAAAGAGAGAGAAACAGAAAGCUAAGUAUGCCCAUCGUAAAAGAGAAAAAGGCUCCAAAGUUUGGGGAUAUUGUUCUAAUCAAGAAAAAGGAAAAAGCACCGGAAGAGAGUGCUAAGUAUAAGCCUGGCACCUGGAUGGUGCUAGAAGAGAUUCCUAUAAAAAAGAACCAUUUUUUAGUUGGAUCUGGAGCUGGGACAAAGAUUGUGCCGCUCACAUUCAUUGACAUAGUUGAGAAAAACUCGUUUGCACCAAGUGAAUAG